UACCGCAGUUUUGAUGAAUUUCUCGCCGAUAUUCAGUGGAUCCAUCAUAACUGCAUGAUUUUAUAUUCGAAAAAAGAUAUGAAAACGCAUGCUGCCUCUGCGCUCGUCACUUAUUUAAGGGAUGCAAUUGACAGUAUACAAUCGUGUAUUGAAUGUUAUAUGAACGCACUCAAUCAUCCCAAUGACUGGUUCACUAUGGUGUGCGAUGAACCUCAUCUCUUAGUUUGGGCAAAAAUGAAAGGUUAUCCAUACUGGCCGGUAAAAUUGAUGCGAGUCGAUGAACAAAAAGUUUUAAUACGUUUUUUCGAGGAUCAUCAAAAUGCAAAAAUAAUGGCCAAGAAAAAUUGUUUCUUGUACUCUCACACAAAUCCGGCCCCACUUGGCUACAUUUCCAUUGCAUACAAGUCGGCAUUGAACGAAGCUAAUACGUACUUGACGAAUAUCCAGCAAAAGUUUGGCGCAUACAAUUUGGCCACAUCAACAACUCCGCUUAAUGUAAAUCUGAUCAAUAAAUAUAUUGUGGAUUUUGUUCCUGGAAUUGUUCGCCAUCGUGAGUCAAAGCGGUCAAACCACACAAAGCGUAAAAUCAAUGAUACGCAUUUUGCGACAUUUAUUAAUGCAUUGAACUUGAUGCCGUCUGAUGAUCAUACGCCAAAUCCGAAAAGAUCUCGAUUCAAUGAAGCAGAAAUACCACAUCCAUCCACAAUUAACGGCGACAAUCGUUCGACCCAUGUCCUGUCAAUCAAAAAGACUGAUGAAAACAACGACUACACCGAACCGGUGCUACAAACGGUCAUGAACGAACCAAUUCCAAAUUUCGUUGGCGGAGAAUUGGAAGACUCAGUGAAUGUUUCGAACACGGAAGAAAUGAAUGUUACUAUUUCACCGCAUAUACCCACAGCCACCGUGGAACCGUUGCAACAGUGUGCCGCAGAUAAAAGAUCGGAAAAGUACGCACAAGAUUUGUUAUAUUUGAAGAAGUAUACAGAGUCGGAGGAGAGAUGCCAACAAUUGACCAAAAAAAUGAACGAUUUAAAGCUGUGUCAUGAAAUCGAGAUCAAAGCAAUUGAUGAACACAACAAACGAUUGAUUCUUCAAGCUGAGCAACGAGAAUUGGCCUUGCAAAAUCAAUUGUUAACGGCGAGAAACCAAUACCAAUUGACAAUUGGUCAAAUGAAAGAAGACUACAACCAUACGAUCACGGCGCUUCGAAAUGAAAACAAACGAUUGCGACAUCAAUUAUUUGAAAGCACUUGACUGAGACAGUGGGAGCUGAUUGAUAUGGAGCGGUUCGCGAACAAAAAUUAAAAUUAGAAAACAUCUGGCUGAAUAAAGAAAAGCUAGUUUUAAGAUAAUUUAGUCCGAGACACAUGUGACUUAACAUAGUUUUGGUUGAGUCUUGACAAUUUGGAAAAAUAGUCUCUGGAAUUAAAUCGUUAAGAAUAAAACUCAUUUAAUUUUCAAAUUUUUGUAACUAAAGCUGGAUACAUCC